AUGCCAUCUACAAAGCGCCCGAAUUUUCUGAUCAUUGUUGCUGAUGACCUCGGGUUUAGCGACACCUCCCCAUUCGGAGGGGAGAUUCACACGCCCAACCUCCAUCAGCUGGCGCAGGAAGGUCUGCGGAUGACCGACUUUCACACCGCAGCGUCAUGCUCGCCAACUCGCGCGAUGCUUCUCUCAGGCACCGACGCUCACAUCGCCGGACUCGGGGUCAUGGCUGAGCGACGGAACCGGUUUCCUCAUAUCUUCGAUGGGAAGACAGGCUACGAGGGCUACCUGAAUUACAAGGUGGCCGCAUUGCCUGAGAUAUUGCAGGAUAACGGAUACUUUACAUGCAUGUCCGGGAAAUGGCAUCUUGGUCUCACUAAGGAUGUGGCGCCUUGCUCUCGAGGUUUCACCAAAGUCUUUGCCACCUUGCCUGGCGCAGGCAAUCACUUCAACCACGAACCGCAACUCUACGACACAACAGAGAAACCGCGGGUCAUCUUCAGGGACAAGGAGGGACUGUGGAUGCGCGACGAUACGUUCAUUAACGGCGCAACGGAUUUACCCGAAGACUUUUAUUCCUCAAACACCUUCACUGAUAAUCUCUUGUCGAUCCUGGGAAAUCGGACAGAGAUGCAGAGAGAGCAGCCGUUCUUCUCUUAUCUCGCCUUCACAGCGCCGCAUUGGCCGUUGCAGGCGCCGCAAGACACAAUCCGGAAGUACAAGGGCUGGUACGACGACGGGCCACUUGCUCUGCGAAGGCGUCGAUUGAAGAGCCUGAUUAAAAAAGAUCUGGUACCAGAGGGGGUCGAUCCGGCUCCAAUCAUCACGCUGGGGACUACCCCCUGGGACGAACUCACUGACGCAGAGCGGCGGAUGUCAAGUCGGACGAUGGAGAUUUACGCCGCCAUGGUCGAUGUCAUGGAUGAAAACAUUGGGCGGGUGCGGCAGUACCUAGAGUCGACCGGGGAGUGGGACGAGACCUUCCUGGUUUUCAUGUCCGACAAUGGGGCCGAGGGACAGCUGCUGGAGGCUAUUCCGGUCAUGGCCGGGAAGACAGUGGGGGAUGUGAUUGAAAAGUACUAUGAUAACUCUUUGGAGAACCUGGGCAACCACGAUUCAUUUGUAUGGUAUGGACCGCAGUGGGCGUCGGCGGCCACAGCACCGUGCAGAGCCACUAAGUCUUUCACCACAGAGGGUGGCAUUCGCUGCCCGUGCAUCGUGCGGUAUCCGUCGAUGAUGAAUAUGAAGCCGGGGGCUAUCACGGACACGUUUACCACAGUUAUGGAUGUGCUUCCGACCUCAGAUGAUGGGAGGGUUGAUCUGUACGACUCCGACGUCGUGGGAUGGGAACAGCUGGGCAUAGCCGCUGUCCGUGUCGGCCACUGGAAAGCCGUCUUUCUCCCUCCACCACGCGGAGAGGGCAAGUGGGAGCUGUACGAUCUGUCCACUGAUCUGGGUGAAGUGCACGAUCUGGCGGACAGCCAUCCGGAAAAACUGGGGGAGAUGAUUGCCCAUUAUGAAGCGUACUUUCAGGAUUCUGGGAUGUUUGACGCGUAUUCUUUGUUCCAGGAAGAACUAAAGAAAAACGGCUCCAAGAGGAAUUGGUGA